UUUAAGGUUAAAUGCUAAUGUAUCAUGACUUAUUAUAGGUUUAAUUGUUUUGAGGUAAAUGUUGACUGCAUGGUGUGAUGUUGGAUAAUUGUUUUAGAUUGUACAGUCAAAGCAAGGUACCAAUCUGUGAACUCUUCAGGUGAAAGGAAGGUUAAUUGAGGAUUCAGCCAGGUUGGCAGCCUGGCAUCAUAUCAGUCUGCUGUCAUCUCUAUGAAGACCAAAUUAAUCAACUUGCAUGUUCUGUUUUGUUGUUUUGUUUUGUUUUUUUUCCCUGUUCAUAUCUGAGGAAAACAAACGGUCCAGUUCUCUGUGCAACGCCAACAAUAAAACCACUCAGAACACCAGGGGGUGGAAAGGUUGUUGGCUGCUACUACAAGAUGGAUUUUAUUGAGCCCAGACUGGAUAUUCACAAGCUAUCCAGUAGGGAUGAACAGAUUACCAAGGCCAGUACUGAGCAUCAUGAACAGAUCAGUGUUUUUGUGCCCAAUUCCAGAUUUUUUUUUUUUUAAUCUCUCUGUAUCCACCACUCUUCUGCCCCACAACACCACCUGAUUGGUUAUAUGUCAAAAGGCAAAUAAAAUGACAGCGCUCCCUUCAAACUGUUUAUUGCCCCACAGACACUUGGGGCAAAACAUGCUUCUUCAGCACGUUCUGGCAAAUUCAGCAUUGGAAGAAGGAAACGUCCAUUUUUAUUUUUUUUUUUUAUUUAUUUAUUUUUUUUUUUUCAAACCUCUUCCCAAUGAGGAUUCAGCAACCUGCAUGCAUAGUUGUUUCAUCAGUCAAGCGUGUUGUGCUUCAUUAUGUCAAAGGCAAAUAGCCAAUCAACACUGAAUAAUCUGAAUAUGCACAGUUGACAAAAUAAAUACAGCAUCAGAGUGCAAGUAUAAAGUAGCAGAAAGAAAAGCUUCAAAAUUGUAUUUUAUGCACAGCACUUGAGAAAAUUGUGCAAAGUUUCAUUCCACUAGUUAUUCUACAUUUGAUGUAUGUGUAUCAGUUCUGAAUAUUCAUUAUCAGUCCCCUUGAUUACUAAUAAUCAGUAUCGGCUCUGAAAAAUAAAAACUUCAGUCAAUCCAGAGUGGUGGAAACAGGCACCAUCUUCAAGUGACACAUAUUAAUGCAACAUUACUUAUAAUCCUGUAUAAUGGAGCCGUCCUUAUUCUGCAUAAUCAGUACAUUUCCUUUAUGUUGACACAUGAAGGAUUCACUCCUGUCAUGCAGUGUUUCUUCACUGCUGUCUGAGCACUUCUUCCUCAGGCUGUGGAGACAUCAGGAGAGAAGUGUUACUUCCUGCUUUUGAAGUCCAUCAGUGGUCACAUGUGAAGGAUUCCCGUCACUGGUUUUGCCUGAGAUUAGAGUGAACUUUGUCUCAUUUCCUCUUGUAAAGGAAAGGAAGAGUCUCGACUUGUCUCUGUGGCUCAGUUGCUUUAAAACUGAAAGUAACGAGCCGUGUGUUGCUGGUUUGCCUUUUUAAACAUCUAACAGGGAGUGAAGCGGUUAACGAGUCGGCACCGUGGGAGAGUCAUCGUGCGGCGGGUGCGUGAGGCGGUGUGCGCUCCGGACACAGGACAGGGAAUGAGUCCAGAGGAGUGCAGGGGAAACCGUUCCCAGUUGAUAAUCUGACACUGGUAUCUGCGGGGUGUUGUCUAAAUAAAGGGGAAGUAGCCGAGCAGAAUGUAUGAGAGCAGAUCGGAUGAUGUUGGAUCCGAACCAGCUGUCAGCGAUACCGACGCCCACGGCAGCGGGACGUCCAGACAGGGCACCGUUGUGGAGCGACUCUCCAGAUAUGGCAUGCAGGUCGUGCCCACUGCGCUCCAGCGUAGGUCGCGGCUGCAGAGGCAGCUGGAGGUCAGUGACAGCUCCGGGCUCCAGAGAGAGGCUCCGGAGAGGAGCUCCCUCACACCUGCUAUGCGUAAAAAGUACCUGAAGGAGCUGCUUCUGAGCGACCCGUCGCACAGCGGCUUCAGCAGCGUGCUGUCCUCUCACACACACAGCGUGUCCUCGGAGCAGGACGCGGGCUGGGCGCUGUACCCCAUGGAGCACGCCUGGAUGUUGUCAGCGGUGGAGGGAAGCUACGAGACCCUGCUGGAGUUCAUCUCCGUGGACCCGAACCUGCUCACCAGGAAGGAUUUCAUCAGCGGGUACUCGGUCCUGCACUGGCUGGCCAAGAGGGGCCGGGACGAGACUCUGCUCAAAGUUCUGCGCUAUGCGGAAAGUGCGGGGAUCCCGGUGAACGUGAACGUGCGGGGCAGCGGCGGGCUCACCCCGCUGCACGUCGCCAGCAUGCACCGGCAGUACAUGGUCAUCAAGCUGCUGGUCGGAGCCUUCGGGGCCAACACCGAUGCCAUGGACUACAACGGGAGGCGGCCGUGGCAGUAUCUGCAGGGAGACGCCCCGCUGGAGAUGAAGGAGCUGCUGGGGACGUGGGACGACGAGCACAGCUGCGGCUGUGCGCGAAACGUCAACAGGAACGCGAACAACAACAGCAGCGCAGAGGCCGAGAGCGCACCUGGAGACGAGCUGGACGGAGCAGAGACAGGUGAGGUGAGCUCCUUCGGCCGGACUAAGAGGGCCGGCAGCUGGAGGUUCAGCUCUUUGAGGAAGAUGCUGCCGACGUUUCCACUUCUUGGACACAAAAGCUGAAAGAUCCCUUCAGAACUCACACUGAGGUCAACAUGUUAGUGAGAGAAUAAUUCUGCUUUUUCCAGUUUUAUUGUCCACAUGAAGCUCAGUUUUAUUCCAGAGCACGGCAGCCCACUUUGCUCUUAUUUAAAGGAAAAGUUCACCCAACUAUGAAAAUGCAGUCAUCAUCCAGUCCAGUGCUCUGACAGACCAGAACCCGGAGCUCUCCAGAACUGAUUUGUGGACUAUGAAACCUUCACCAGACUUUCCAUCAGCACCGGAGAUGAUACGAUGAUGACUGGAGUUUCAUCUGUGGGUGAACUUCUUGACAACAUGUUGAUUUAUAAUGGAAACAGACCAAAAUUCUCAGAGUAUUUGCAGUUUGUUUUGUUUUUUUAACAUAAAGGUGCAAUUCAGAAACUCUGAAAUGUUAAUUACAAUAUGACAAGGAAACAUAUACAAACUCUAUUUAUUAUUCCUAUAACUGAAUAAACAAGUUGUUCUUAGAGGAAAUUAAGGUCCCAGGACACUGAAACAGGUAAAACAGUAUAAAUUGUGUUUUUCUUGAGGCUUAGUUUGUUUGUUCAGUUUAUUCAGUCAUUAAAAGCAAAGACAGUUUGAUUAUUUGGGUUUUACAGCGUAAAAUAAAAUCCUGCAAUGAAAAUUUCUCUCUUCUGGCUAAAAUGUCUUCCCAAAAACUACAUCCUGCACCUUUACGUUAAAGGCAGAAAUCAUUCAUAAAGCUGGGCAUUAACUGAUAAUCAGAGGGAGAUGGUAAACAAUAUAUUUGCCUUACUUGAUACUUGACACUUUCAUUGUAAAAUCCUCAAGGCCGAAUGAUACCAGAAGGGAAAGUGCUGAUGACUCACGUCCACACUGAGGCCGUAUGAAGGGUCACCAUGAAUCUAAAUCAGGCCCAAAGGUUUGGAGCGACUGCGCCGUCUCACCAGGAUCACACUGUCCUGAUGGAGUGAAUACAAGUACUGUCACUUGAAUAAAUCCUUUAUUUUACAUCAGCUUUACUGUAAUAAUAAACAUGUACGCACAUGACUAAUCUGUAAACGUUUGUUGCUGCUGACCCACUUCCUGAGUGAGAAUAUUUCUACUUUGUAUGUAAAUCGUUCUUUUAAGUGUUUUUUUUUUUAAGUUUAUUUUCUAAAGGAGCAUUUAACUUGCAGACACUAGAGGCACCACCUCUGUGCAGCUGCUGUUCCUGAGCUUUAACCUUUAUUACCGGCCAGAAAAUCUUUUUGCAGAACGUUAUGUCAUUGUGAAGCUGACCUGUGAUCUUUUAAAUAUAAAAUGUUCCCACGUCAUCUUUGUGUAAAAUGUAGUUAUCAUGUAAAUUGUUUACAGAUACCCUGACUGUGUUUCAAGCAGUCACAGUGAUGCGCUCUGAUGAGGUCAGCCUCCAGUCCAAGCGGAUAUUUGUGCCAAAUUUUAGGCGUUCUUCAGAUAUUGCGUUGAGAAUGAGAACAACAACCUGAAACAUUCGUGCAGCUCACAGCCACUGAUGUCGAGGAGGCAUAAUGAAUGAGAUGAAGAUUAAAAGUGAUAAUCAAAAAAGGGAAAAGCCAGAAGAAAUCUUUGCUUUCCUUCCAAAAACUACUUUCCAAUCAGCUCAUAACUGAGGCUGUAAAUUGUACUUAAGAGUCAAAAGAACACACUGCUGCAUUUUAAAAAGGGUCUCAUGAACACACACGUCUGUAUGAUGAACUUUCUGUAAACAUUUUUUGCUGCUGACCCACUUCUGCUUGUGUCAACAGCUGAAACAUUAGCCACUGCUGACACGACAAACUUUUCCAAGGUUUUUGCACUUUGAGUCAAUAUUUCUUAGGUUUGUCUCACUGCUGGUUUUUGCCUUCUUGAAUAGCACUGCUGUCUCUGGCACAAGCAACAAAACCAAACUCAAAUCCUUGAAAAACUAGAAAUAACCAUAAUCUUUCAUGAAGUGUUUGCCGUGCGGUCAAGAGAUGGAAACCUCCCCCCCACCUCCCUCCGGAGCAGAGUCAGCGCUGCCCCGCCCCUUCAGAAAACACUGCGCCUGUAAAUGGAUAUCACUCCGCUAUACUUUGUGGGAAAAUAAAAAUGCCACACGGCUUCACUUCAAGUUUGAUCACAGAUCUUUUAUUGUCAAACAUGAGCAUAACCAGAGUAUCUGUACAAAACGACUGCUGCUCCAGAUAACAUGGCUCCCUCCCCGCGGUCGGGCCCAGCAGCUGGACUUCCUGGCAGAUGUUGUGAUGGAGGGACGCUGGGAUCCACAGAUCCUCACGUUUACAGGCCAAGCUUA